CCAGACGGGAGGUCCCGGUGGGGCUGAGCUGAGCCGAGCCCGGACACUGUCCCGGGGCUGAGCCGUCGGGAGUCGGGCCAGUCCCCGGUGCCGACCCCCCGCCUCCGGGGCCCGGGGCGGCGCUGCCGACGGGGACGGGGCCGCUGUGCCCGUGCCGUGCCGUGCCGUGCCGUGCCGUGCCCGCCCCCGGGCGCGCCCGCCUCGGCGGCGCGGGAGGAGGCGGCGCGGAGCAGCGGCGGCGCCCGGGCGGGGAUGGCGUCUCCGGGAGCGCUGGAGCCGGCGGCCGGCAGCGUGCCGGGCACCAAAGUGGAGCUCACCGUGUCCUGCCGGAACCUGCUGGACAUGGACACCUUCUCCAAGUCUGACCCAGUGGUGGUCCUCUUUGUGCAGGGCUCAGGAAGCAGCGAGUGGAAGGAGUUUGGGCGCACCGAGGUGAUUGACAACACCCUGAACCCUGACUUCGUCCGCAAGUUUGUCCUCGACUACUACUUCGAGGAGAAGCAAAACCUCCGCUUCGAUGUCUACAACAUGGACUCCAAGAGCUGCUCCGUUUUAAAGCAGGACUUCCUGGGGCAGGCAUUCGUAGCACUGGGGGAGGUGAUCGGGUCCCAGCGAGGCCGUCUGGAGAGACCCCUCACGGGGGUCCCAGGGAAGCGGUGUGGGACCAUCCUGCUGCUGGCUGAGGAGCUGAGUAACUGCCGGGACAUCGUCACGAUGCAGCUGUGUGCCAACAAGCUGGACAAGAAGGACUUCUUUGGAAAAUCCGACCCCUUCCUCGUCUUCUACCGCAGCAAUGAGGAUGGCACUUUCACCAUCUGCCAUAAGACGGAGGUGGUGAAGAACACGCUCAACCCGGUGUGGCAGCCCUUCACCAUCCCCGUGCGUGCCCUCUGCAAUGGUGACUACGACCGGACGGUGAAGAUAGAUGUGUACGACUGGGACCGGGAUGGGAGCCACGACUUCAUUGGGGAGUUUGCCACGAGCUACAGGGAGCUCUCCCGAGCACAGAGCCAGUUCACGGUGUACGAGGUGCUGAACCCCAGGAAGAAAUGCAAGAAGAAGAAAUAUGUGAACUCCGGCACCGUGACACUGCUCUCCUUCUCCGUCGAGUCCGAGUUCACCUUUGUCGACUACAUCCGGGGCGGGACGCAGCUGAAUUUCACCGUCGCCAUUGACUUCACGGCCUCCAACGGGAUGCCAUCACAGCCCACCUCGCUGCACUAUGCGAGUCCCUACCAGCUGAGCGCCUACGCCCUGGCACUGAAGGCGGUGGGGGAGAUCAUCCAGGACUACGACAGCGACAAGCUCUUCCCUGCCUACGGCUUCGGUGCCAAACUCCCACCUGACGGCAAGAUCUCCCACCAGUUCCCCCUGAACAACAACGUGGACAACCCCAACUGUGCUGGCAUUGAGGGUGUGCUGGAGUCCUACCUCCAGAGCCUGCGCACCGUACAGCUCUAUGGUCCCACCAACUUUGCCCCCGUCAUCAACCAGGUAGCUGGGGCAGCCGCCCAAGUGACAGAUGGCUCGCAGUACCACGUCCUCCUCAUCAUCACCGAUGGUGUCAUCUCUGACAUGCUGCAGACCAAGGAAGCCAUUGUCACCGCUUCUGCCUUGCCCAUGUCCAUCAUCAUUGUGGGAGUGGGUCCAGCCGAGUUUGAGGGUGAGUUGGUGUUUGGAGACACCAGGGAAGGGAGAUGGAAACUCUGUCCCUUCCUCCGGGAUGCUUUCAGUGUCCUGGAGGAAAGGAUGGUGUUUCUGUCCCUGGUGGCCACCCCACCAAGGCUCAGUGACACCGGCUGUCCCCUCCCAGCCAUGGAGGAGCUGGAUGGUGAUGAGGUACGGGUGUCUUCCCGGGGACGGUUUGCUGAGAGGGACAUCGUACAGUUUGUGCCGUUUCGGGAUUACGUGGAUGACUCGGGAAACCAGGUGCUAAGCAUGGCCCGCCUGGCCAAGGACGUGCUGGCUGAGAUCCCCGAGCAGCUCCUCUCCUACAUGAAGACCCGCGACAUCAAGCCGCGCCGGGCGGCCCCCCAGUAGCUCCCCCCGGGGCCGUGGGGUCGGCCAGGAGUGUCACCUCUCUUCUGCUGACGGCCUGGGCUUGGCCAUGGAUGUGGCCCCCCCCGCGGGGACAAUUAGCCGCUGCGGCCGGUGCCCAGCGCUGGGACCCCCCUCUUCUGGCAGGGCCAGGUGUCCCCGGCCGCCCCCGCCCCUGCCCCUGCCCGGCCGCUCCGUCCCGCGGCACGGGCAGAGCCGGCGCCCGGGCCCAGGCUGCCGGCGGGCACGGUGCGACCGCCGGGGGGACCUGACCCCCGGGGCUGCGUGCAUGCCCGGGGCCCCAGCCGGCCAGCCA